UGUACUGUGAUUGAAACCGUUUUAUUUCAGGUCACUUUUACAGCUUCUGGUUUAUUGAGUUGCUGAAGGACAGUGAUGGUGUUUAUGAUGAUGAUGAUGAUGAUGAUGAUGAUGAUGAUGGCGAUGAUGGCGUGUUUCGUUAUAAAUGAGGAUCAGAUCGUUGUGAAUUUAGGUCAUACUGAGAGAUAUUAUCAGUGUAUCGCAGCCUGCUGUAAAUGCAUCUUGAGCAGGAAUAAUAACAGUAAUAACACACUUUUACACUACAGUCGUCUUCGCAUACUCCGCAUGUUUACAAGUGCUGAGGUUUGUGACCGUGUGGAAACGACAGUGUAUUUGAUUAAUAAUUGAAACACAAGGGGGGUUUGGAACGGAACGGUUUAAACAUCGACUGCAGCUUCAGUCAGAGUUCAUUUCGGCGCUCUACAUUCGCUCCUCGCGCCGCGGCGCCGCUCUGUGUGCGACCGCCUUUGAUCUGCCGGAGGCCGGAUAGAGUUUAAACUCCAGCCCGGGGAUUUCAGGCCUCUCAGACCUCAAACAUGACUCAGACUUAAACUGCUGAGACGAGACCGAAGGACGCGCGUGGUUCCUGCCGUACCGCCGUCUGACCGGCCUCUCGUGGGUCUCUAUCUGACACUGAAAGAUACUUCACAAACAAGAGACGUCCAACCUUCGGGUUCAGAUGCUGGUUUGAGACUGGUGUAUCUUCCCAGUGAAGCCAACCCUGCUGAGAAAGACAGUGUCGCUUCACAUGUUAAAUGCUCUAGAAGUUUCUCCUCCCCUUGAGGAAGAGACACAAAUAUGUGAAGACAGACCGGUUGGAUUUUUCUCAGCUGACGGGAGUGUUUGUCUCUGCGCUCUUCCUGGUUCGUGAAUAAACUGGUGAUGGUGAAGCGUCUUAGCGGAUUCCCCUGUCGACUGAAACCCAUCGCGUACGAAAUGGAGAAGGCUGACGCGCGUGGAGGGCUGUGAUCGGCAAACGGGCGACCAUGAGUUCUGGGCGCGUCGCUUUAUAACAGCACGUCUGAGCCGAAAGAGCCGCAGGUGGAAGAGCGUCCCGUCACACAGCGCCAAACUCAGCCGUCUCCCUCGGACGGCGUUCUCCCGCGCUGGCGAGCGAGGAUGCGUGCGCCGAGCCGCGGCCGGUGAGCAUGUACGCGGCGUCCGGUAUGACGGAAUGUAAGGCCGAGGUCACGCCGUCGGCGCGGAACGGCCACCGCGUGUUCAGCUACACGCUGGAGAGCCACACGGCGGCCGCCUUCACCAUCAUGAACGAGCUGCGUCUGGAGCGACAGCUGUGCGACGUCACGCUGAGGGUCAAAUACAACGAGCUGGAGGCCGUGGACUUCGUGGCUCACAAGGUGGUGUUGGCGUCGUCCUCGCCCGUGUUUCGCGCCAUGUUCACCAACGGCCUGAAGGAGUGCGGGAUGGAGGUGGUGCCCAUCGAGGGGAUCCACCCCAAGGUCAUGGGGCGGCUCAUCGAGUUCGCGUACACCGCCAGCAUCUCCGUGGGCGAGAAGUGCGUGAUUCACGUGAUGAACGGGGCCGUCAUGUACCAGAUCGACAGCGUGGUCAAGGCCUGCUGCGACUUCCUCGUGCAGCAGCUCGACCCGAGCAACGCCAUCGGCAUCGCCAACUUCGCCGAGCAGAUCGGCUGCACGGAGCUUCAUCAGAAGGCCAGAGAAUACAUCUACAUGAACUUCAGUCAGGUGGCCACGCAGGAGGAGUUCUUCAACCUGUCUCACUGCCAGCUGGUGACGCUGAUCAGCCGCGACGAGCUGAACGUGCGCUGCGAGUCCGAGGUGUUUCACGCGUGCGUGGCGUGGGUUCAGUACGACCGCGAGAACCGCCGGCCCUACGUCCAGGCGCUGCUGCAGGCCGUCCGCUGCCACUCGCUCACGCCGCAUUUCCUGCAGCGGCAGCUCGAGCACUUCGAGUGGGACGCCCAGAGCAAAGACUACCUGUCCCAGAUCUUCCAGGACCUCACGCUGCACAAGCCCACCAAAGUCAUUCCCUGCCGGACGCCCAAAGUGCCGCAGCUCAUCUACACGGCCGGCGGCUAUUUCCGCCAGUCGCUCAGCUACCUGGAGGCGUUCAACCCCUGCACGGGCGCGUGGCUGCGGCUGGCCGAUCUGCAGGUGCCCCGCAGCGGGCUGGCGGCCUGCGUCAUCAGCGGCCUGCUGUACGCGGUGGGCGGCAGGAACAACGCUCCGGACGGAAACAUGGACUCCAACAUGCUGGACUGUUACAACCCCAUGAACAACUGCUGGCUGCCCUGCGCGCCCAUGAGCGUCCCGCGCAACCGCAUCGGCGUGGGCGUCAUCGACUGCAUGAUCUACGCGGUGGGCGGCUCGCACGGCUGCGUCCAUCACAACAGCGUGGAGAGGUAUGAUCCGGAGAGGGACUGCUGGCAGCUGGUGGCGCCCAUGCUGACGCGGCGUAUCGGGGUGGGCGUGGCCGUGAUCAACCGGCUGCUGUACGCGGUGGGCGGCUUCGACGGGACGCACCGGCUGAGCUCCGCCGAAUGCUACAACCCCGAGAGAGACGAGUGGAGGAGCAUAGCGUCCAUGAACACGGUCCGCAGCGGCGCAGGCGUGUGCGCUCUGGGGAACUACAUCUACGUGAUGGGCGGAUACGACGGCACCAACCAGCUGAACAGCGUGGAGCGAUACGACGUGGAAACGGACAGCUGGAGUUUCAUCGCGUCCAUGAGGCACCGACGCAGCGCGCUGGGAGUGACGACGCACCACGGACGCAUUUACGUGCUGGGCGGGUAUGAUGGGACCACGUUCCUGGACAGCGUGGAGUGUUAUGACCCGGAAACGGACACGUGGACCGAGGUCACCAACAUGACGUCGGGCCGCAGCGGCGUCGGAGUGGCGGUGACCAUGGAGCCGUGCCAAAAAGGCAUAAGCCCGUGUCAGAAACGCUAGAAACACGCCUCCGUCUGUCUGUCUGUCUGUCUGUCUGUCUGUCUGUGCUCAUUACAGAUCUGUGCGUCUCUCUCUCACAGCUGGUGUCAUUAGCGCACAAUAAAUCUGUUGUCCUGAUGAUCGUCAGUCUCAGUGCACGUGAGGACAGGAGCGCUCUGAAUCUCCUGCCUCCUUUUGUUUGUAUUUUUGUCUCGUGGGGUCGAGCCGAGUGAAGGUUAACAAUCGAGCAGCAGAACUUCUGUCAGCCGCGUCCACACGGGAUGUCCGGAAAAAGCCGACGGUCGCGUGGACGUCUACCUCCCUCCUGAGCCCAAUAAAGUGCCAUGACCCGCCGCGUCAGUACGUCUGCCGGACUCGAUCCGCAGCCCGAUCGCUCGCCGCACGGACCGAGACGGCCGAAGCCCGAACGAACAGACGCGUCCUCUCCAAACCACUGUUCGGUGUAGUUUGGCUCCGAUUAAGCUGUUCUGAUGAUUUUGUAUUUUUACGCGAGAUGUCGAUCAAACUGAUGGAGCUGAUUUUGUUUGAAAAGAACUAAAGAUCCGCCUCUGAGCUUCUGGAGAUGUACAGACGUACAAGAUCAUUUUUACUAACGAAAUGAGAUGUGAAGCCUUUCCAGAUUUAUCUAACCGUAUUCCAGCCUACAAAGGCAUUUGAUGCCAACUCUGUUUUUGCUCAAAUGAAAGAUGAUUUUCACAGGCUGAUGAAAUGAUGUAUUUGUAAAACCAAUUUAAGCUGCUUUUCCAGGGAUUUUGUACAUUGGUAUUGCAUGAAGUCUGUUUUUUCUUUUAUUUAUUUGAAAAAUUGUCCCUUUGCUCCUGUUGAUUGUCAGUGGACUCGGGCUGGUUUUUACAAAUUAAGCUUUUGUUUGAAAAGGGAUGCGUUUUUCCUUUUAAUCAUUCGAAAUUAAGCAUAAAGGGUUAUUUAAAGUCUGCUUUGUAAAUUUUACAGCAACGAAUACAUUGUACAAACGUUGUAUAUUAAAGGAAUAUGUUUCUUGCAGUA